AUGGUAAGGUUGAAGAACUCAGAAAUAACCGAUACAAUUUGUGCAACAAUCGUUGACUACUAUAACGACCAUAGACAUUUGAAAAGGCAUCCAUUUGUGGAACUACAGAUGUGUAUUCUAUUUAAAUAUGUAGCUGAAUAUCUGACAGCAAUAAGAAGCAGGCGGUUAACCAGCACAAACUAUGAAAAACGAUGCAGAAUUAGCCAACAUUUGCUAAAAGAUGUGCAGCAAAUUGAUCAUACCUUCCAACCCUUCUAUGAAGACUGCGCUGGUGAUCAAAACGUACCUAAAUUAACAGUCAUUUUGAAAACUAUAGCGGAGAUGCUUCAACUUAAAGACAAAGGAAUGUUAUCGCUAGAAGCCGCUUCUGUAGUGCACAACUACCCCGACAUGCCACAAGAACUGCUAUUUGGUAUUGUCGAUGCACGCGAUGAUAUUACUAGUAGCGAAUCUUGGGAUUUGGUGGAUGACUGUAUGAAAAUGAUGGAAAAAAGAAAAAGUGAUCCGGUAUAUGCGCAUCUCUUUCAAAUGUCACGAGCAGAGAGAAAACCCUCACAGAUAUUGAAGGAUGUAGUACCAAGACUAAAACGUCGCGUACGAGUCACCAUGGCUCAUUGA